UACACAGAGUUUUUGCCCAAGUUGGUCUCCAGCAGACCCAAAAUCCAGCUGGUAAACAAAUAGAAGGACCAGAAGGUGCCAAUCUUUUUAUGUAUCACUUGCCUCAAGAAUUCACAGAUAAUGAUCUAGCUCAGACAUUUGUGCCAUUUGGUAAUGUGAUUUCUGCCAAAGUUUUUAUUGAUAAACAAGCAAAUUUAAGUAAAUGCUUUGGUUUUGUUAGUUAUGAUAACCCAGUCAGUACACAGACAGUGAUACAAGCAUUAAAUGGGUUCCAAAUAGGCAUGAAGUGCCUUAAG